CAACGGAACCUUACACGAGGGAGGGUCAGUAAUUACUGACACGUACCAAACAUCCAAUUCCCGUCUGUUCGUUCCUCUUAAAGCAACCUAUAAUCCACCCACAGGCGCUAGGAUUAUCUGCACGACAUUACAUUGAACGAACCUCUAGAUCUGGGUCUGGAUGCUCUGUCCAGACUAAAAAACUCACCAUGUCUUCCACCGUCGCAGCGAACCCGACCCAGGCGACGAAUUCAGGGUCAUCGUCAAAAAAGAAGAACAACAAGAAGAAGAAGAACGCCAACAAGAACAAGGCUGCUGAGCAACCUGUUAGUGGUAGUUCAGACCCUCAGCAGGGUUCAGAUAAAGAGACCCUCGAAGACGAGCCCGAGACACCCACUCAGCCCGAAACUCCAGUCAAUGCAGAUGCAGACGCAGACGCAGUCAAUGCAGACGAAGUCGUAAACGAAGAAGCUCCCACUGUCCACAGUAACGGGCAUGCCGUAGAGCCCAAGGCUCAGAGCAACGGGCUCAUACCCCCUCCGGUUGAUGGCGAAAAGGAAACGCCCGACAAUACAGAUACCUCAGCCAAGCUAGAGGCCAUGAGUCAGGAACGAGAGGCCUUGCGGGCCGAGGUCGAACAGCUACGGAAGCAGCUCGAGAGCAUCCAAGAGACACACAGCAAUGAAGUCACACAGCUCAAGAGCGAUCUAGAGGAGAGCAAUGCCGCCAAGGAGAAUGCCGAGGAGGAAUACCAGACCCUUCUUGGGCGAGUUGAGAAGAUCAAACAGACGCUGAGCGACCGGUUCAAGCGCGACAAGGCAGAGCUCGAAGAAAGUAAAGAGCGCAUAGAAGAGCUCGAGGCAGAGAAUGAGGAACUAAGAAAUAACGCUGUGUCGUCUGGAGACGAUGUCGCCAAGCUAAAGGAGGAGCUACAGGAUGCGACCAGGGAGCUCAACACUCUGCGAAGUCGCAACAACCUAUCAGCACAAAACUGGAGCAAGGAGAAGGAAGAACUGGUCCGACAUGUCCAACAUCUUAAGGAGGAGAUGGAGACUACCGCAAACGCCAUGGGCGAAUGGGAAGUUAUCGCCAUGGAAGAGCGAUCCAUCAAGGAGAGCUUGGUUGAUAAGGUCUCGGAACUAGAGGAACAAGUUACUAUCCUACGGCAAAACUACGAGAGCGCCACUACAGAGCGAGAGAGCCAAAUGACUCUUAUUGAAAACCUACAGAACGCCCUCCGCGAAAUCCAAGAUGCUCGCAAGAAGGAGCUUCGCGAUAUGGUCGAGACUACCGAGGCGCAAGUUCAAGCUCUCAAGAAACAGGUGCAAGAGGCCGAUGCCCGCGCAAAGGAAGCUGAAGAAGCCAAGCAAACACUCUCGCAAGAGCUUGAGCGAACAGCGCCUUACGAGAAGGAGGUCAAGGAGAAGAACCUUCUUAUUGGAAAGUUGAGGCAUGAGGCGAUUGUGUUGAACGACCACUUGACCAAGGCACUGCGGUACCUCAAGAAGACAAAGCCGGAAGACAAUGUUGACAGACAAAUCGUUACAAACCAUCUCCUCCACUUCCUCACACUCGACCGCGGUGACGCCAAGCGUUUCCAAGUCCUCCAAGUCAUGGCUGGGUAUCUCAACUGGACUGACGAGCAGCGAGAGCAGGCCGGCCUCGCUCGUCCAGGCACAUCAUCUAAUUCUCUCCGCCUACCCAUGUCACCAUUCACACGCACACCAAGCUCACCAUCUCUCAACACCGAUCUCUUCAACGAGUCAACAUCUGCCAAAGACAAAGAGUCUUUGUCUGAGCUAUGGGCAAACUUCUUAGAGCGCAGCGCACAGGAGGGCGCUCUGGAAACACCAAGUAGAAAGGGUAGUACUAGCAGUGCUGCAACGGGACCAGUGAGGCCGGAAUCGACAAGGCCGGAGUCUAAGAGCUAAUGUGGAAAUUAUACUAAAUGCAUGUAUGGGGUGGACACGGUGCAUGUUUCAGGGAUAGCAGGGAGAGCCAUAACGCUCGACUGCUACAAGAGAAAGGAUGAGAUAUGGUUUUCAUGGUUAUUCAAGCCAAAUUUCAACGGUCAUAGACCUCUAUGUAAGAAUAGCUCUUUAUAAAGGGUUGGGAUAAUACGCAAGAGGACGGAUUAGAUACUAUCGUCUUCUGUUGUUUCUCCACGCAAGGAGUGCAAUACAUUCUGUGCAUAUCCUUCGGCGUCCCUCGUUAUCGUCGCCACGUCAAUGCGAUUAGUCAAUGCAUCGUUGACUCCCUCCACAACC